UAAUCAAAAUUACGUUCAUUUCCUGUUACGUAAAUGAUCACGUGGUGUUGACAUAAAAUGGAGCAAAAUAAUUUAUUGACAAGUGAAAAACACUUUUGUUAAGUGUAAAGUGUGCAUUAAAUAACUUCUUCUAUUGUCAUAGAUAUAAAAUAAGACAUGGAGUGAGGAGGACAAGAACAUGUGAUUUCAAUGCUGAGCAACAAUGGAUAUCAUCAUAACUUUAAAAACAUUAAAUAGUAUAGAAGGAUUUACUUUCUGUCAUAUAUUAUCACAUCUGUAUCUUACAUAUGCAUUUAUUCCUUAAAAACUGAGAAGAAAAAAAGUUUCUCCAAAUGAAAAUGGGAAAUCUCUGUUUUCGUAAGAAUAAUGAGGAUCCAGAUUCAGCAUGGCGGCAACAAAACAAAGAAAUGGCGAGAAAUCCCAUUUACAAAUUUGUUAACUUUAGUGGUGGUGGCCGUCUAAUAGAUGCAUACAAAAAUGGUGGUGUUUUUGCAGUUGAAAAAAUAAUCAAAACUGAAGUUGUGGACUAUUUAUAUAACAAUGGACAGGGGAAAAUGUUAACAACAUUGGACCACAUCAAAUGGCAAAGGAGAUGUAUAGCAAAGAGACAAGGAUCAACUGUUUUUGAAACAAAAUCAGAUGCUGAUCUGCAAGCAGAAUAUCAGGAAGAUGAGUUUAACAAAUUAUACGAUCAUGAAGUGUGUUGGGAUAUGGAUAAUCGUGGGGGUGUGGGGGAGACUCCAUUUCAUCUUCUUUAUCUUGUGUCAACACCUAUACAUUUGGAAGUUGCUAAAAUUCUCAUGAAACACUUUCCAAAAAUGGCUUUGGAUCGUUAUGAAGGAGAAGAAUAUUAUGGUGAAAGUGCCUUGCAUAUAGCUAUUAUUUUUGGAAGUGUUGAAGCUGUGAAGGUCCUAAUUGAAAAUGGUGCUAAUAUCAAUGAAAGGGCCAGCGGUCGUUUCUUUCUUCCUGAGGAUCAGAAAAAGGGAAGAACGAAAGAUACAGAUUACGAAGGUUAUGCUUACUAUGGAGAAUACCCUUUGUCUUUUGCUACAUGUAUUGGAAAUCAAGAAAUCUAUGACUACCUCAUUAAUAAUGGAGCUGAUCCUAAUCUUCAAGACUCUUUUGGAAACACGUGCCUUCAUAUGGCUGUGAUUCAUGAUCAAGUUGAAAUGUACAAAUACCUUGUUAAACACCACAAAAAACCUGCCAAAACAGACAUCAGAAAUAAAGCCAAUCUUACUCCUUUGACACUUGCCAGUAAAUUAGGGCGGCAAAAGAUAUUCAAAGAAAUGCUUGAAUUAAAUAGUUUGGAACUUUGGAGAUACAGCAAUAUAACUUGUUCUGUUUACCCUCUUCACUCAAUAGAUUCUAUAGGACCUACAGGAGAUUCAAAUUUUAAUUCUGCAUUGAUGAUAAUAAUCAACGGAGAAACAGAUGAACAUUUAGAGAUGUUAGAAGGUGGUGUUAUGAGGCAGUUACUGGAUGAAAAAUGGAAAACUUUUGCUAGGAAACGAUUUUUUAUACGAUUGGUGUUAGCCUUCCUCCAUCUUGCAUUAAUCAGUACAUCUGUAUAUACCAGACCUCCUGAAGAUGACCUACUUGCCAUACAUAGUUCCUCUGAUAUUAUUCGAUUUGUAGCUGAAAUAUUAACUGUUUUAGGAUGUAUAGUAACAUUAGUUGUAGAUUGCUUUGAAAUAGGAGCUCAGGGAUUCUGGAGUUUUGUAAAUAAUUGUAGACAUGCUCCAGCUCUUACGUUAUAUUUAUUGUCAUGUGUUCUGCUUCUGGCGUGUAUACCAUUCCGCUUUCUGAGGUUACGAUAUGUAGAAGAUAUACUGCUUAUUGUAGCAACUCCGACAGCUUGGUCAUUUCUACUCUUUUUUGCAAGAAGUGUCAAGCUGACGGGACCAUUUGUUUCAAUGAUCUAUAAAAUGUGUAUGGGAGACCUGGUCAGAUUUGGUGUUAUAUAUGUCAUAUUUUUAGCUGGAUUUACACAAGCUUUUUACUUCCUGUUCCAAGGGUCAACAGAUAAUCAAUCUCAAGGAUUUCUCACUAUAGGAGAUACCAUCAUGACUUUGUUUCAGAUGACCUUGGGUGAAUUCAAGUAUCAAGAUUUCAACUAUACAAAGUAUCCAGGUUUGACAAAAGUGGUAUUUGCUGUUUUUAUGAUAUUAGUACCAAUACUACUGUUAAACAUGUUGAUAGCUAUGAUGGGCAAUACUUAUACACAAGUUAUAAAUAAAUCAGAGAAAGAGUGGAGAAAACAGUGGGCUAAAAUUGUUGUGGUUCUAGAGAGGUCGUUUACUAGGAAACAGCUUCUGAAAUUUCAACAAGAGUAUUCCAUUAAAUUAACUAAUACUGAAGACUGUGAUCUUGGUGAAGGCAAAGGCAAAGUAUCAGAAACAAGAGGCCUAAUGGUCAUCAAAACAUCCAAUAAAACAAAAGCUAGUCAACGUAAAGGGGCUAUUAGUGCAUGGAAGAGAGUUGGUAAGGAAGUUGUCAGACAGAUGAAGGUACAGAGAGCUAAAGGUUCUAUUGGUCCAAUCAUACUUAAACCAGCGCCAAAAAGAUCUCACGAUGAUGGAGAUUCUAGUGACGAUGAUAACAAUCAGUCAUUUGCUGCAGCAAUCCAACAGUUAGCAUGGACAAAAGACAUAGAUUUGACAAAGGGCAAAGCAUUAGUGACAGACGCUAAUGUUAUAGAAAAAUCAGGUCAAACUGACAAAGAAAAUAACGUAAAAAGUAACGGUGCAGCCAUACCUAAUGGCAAACCUCGAACAUUUCAAAAAUUUGUCAAAAAACCACCUGGUACUCCAAAAUCUAGCCCAAAACCAUCGUUACGUACUUUAACGGUCAAUAAAAUAUCACCGUUGUACGAGGUGAAAUCUACUGAUGAAUCAAGUAAUAGUGAUAUGGACACCAAGAAAAAGAGUACUAAUAUAGAGGACGAUCUCUCUAAAAGUACUGAUUUAGAUGUAACAAAAAGUACUGCCAGGGAGGAUAAAGUGAUUUUAGUCAAAAGUGAUAGUGAUAAAGAGGAUAAGGAUGCUUCAGGUAGUGACCAUUCAGAUCUUUUUAGUGUAGGGGAGGGACCGAAAAAAUCAUGGAUUGUGCCAAAAUUAGAGACAGAAGAGGAAAUUGCUAGUCAUGACUCAGACUCUAAAGGAGCAGCAAGUCCUGCAAAGUCACCCAAAAAAUCACCUAAAAAGUCCAAAAAACACCAUAAACGUCACGGGUCACCGGGCAAAAAGAAAGACCCACCUAGAUCCUCAUCAACAACAUCAUUGUUACAAUUAGCCGAAUAUUCUAGUAAAGAAAGUGAAGGAUGAUGUCUCAAAAUUGUGAUAUUGUUUUCUUGUUUUUUUUUAAAUUUGUUGAUUUAAUUGUUGAUAAACUAAGUUUAUGUUUAAAAAGUUAUUAACAUUUGUACAUUGAAAAUAUUUUACCCAGUGAUUAUUUCGUCAUGUAUUCAAUAUUUUGAAUUUUUAGCCAUUCCUGUGGAAUUUACAUUGUUCUUCUUUUGGUAUUUAGUUAUAUUUUUUAGCAAAACCUAUAAAAAAAUAUAUACUUUAAGAAAAGAAAUACAACAUAAUUCAAUAGUUUUAAGAAAAGGCCAUGAAAAUUAUUCAAUACUUUUGAGAAAAUGCCAUAAGAAAUAAUUUAAUAAGUGAUUAAUUAUGUGUGCCUUUCAAAGCCAUAAUCAUUAUUGGAAAAAACUUUUUCAGAGCAAUGUAAAGUGACCACACACAUUGUAUUUCUUUAGAUCUCAAUUCCAUUAAAUAAAUGUUAAGAGAUAAGUCAUUACCAACAAAGUACAUUAUAUGUUAGAAACUGUACCACUUCAGAAUCAGAUGUAUUUACCAAAAGUAUACAUAAAAUCUGAGUAAUUGGUAUGAUAACAUCUUUGGCUAAUGAUUUGCAUUUUAUUUUUUGCCAAAAUUUAGGUGUUUGAACCAAAAAAAAUACUGCUGAAUAUUUAUAUUUGAACUGCUUGUAAUAUAAACGGUACUGUACAAAAUGUUUGUACAGACAUGUCCUGUGUCCUGUUAUAUUACACAUUGAUUGAUGAUAUCCGUCCAUUGAUUUCCUUAGUCUAGUUUAAAAAUCUAUUUUAUAUCUAUUUGUUAAUACUAUUUAUUUUUAUACAUGUUUAUAGAGUUGCAUUUAUUUACUUAUAUUUUAGAUAGUUUUAUUUUUAAAUGACUGUUUUAAUAUUUUUUCAAAGGGUAAUAAUUUGUUUUUGUUAUCUUUACAUUUUAUGGAGUAUGUGUACACAAACAAAACAUUUCAAUGUAUUUUAAUACUGAAUGACUAAUAUUUGGGUUUAUACUAACUUUAUGCAUGGGAGACAAUGUAUUCAUUUAGUUCCAUUUUGAGUAAGCUAUCGACUCCUGAUAUAGACUACUAACAUAACAGUAGUAUUUUCAUUUCAAAUAUUUGUUAUUAUUGCAAUCGAUGAAUAAGUACACAAAUUUGAGAAUAUUUUUUGCAAUUUCUGGAAAUUCUUCUUAAAAUUCAUGCUUUUGCAAUAUAAAAUGAGAUUUUUUUUCUUCAAACGCCUGUUCCUUCACAAUUUUUCCAAAAAAUGAAAACACUUAAAAAUUUUGAGAAUUUACAGUAUUUUUAACAUAAUUACAAAGAGAGAAUUAUGUUUCUUUUAGUUUUAUUUCUAUAUGAACUUAUUAAUUUUUCUUCCAGUAAACAGUACAUACGGCCUGCAGUUAAAGUUUUAAAAACAUUAUUAGAUUCAUAAAACAUCCUGUGUUUUUACCAAACCUGGUCAGAAGCAUCUUACAAUCAAAAGAUAGUAUCUAGGGAAAUUUUUUUUGAUAAUGAUUCUGUCCCCAUUUUUGUUGAGCCUUCAACUAACUGCAAAAGUAGGAGAAACACAAGGUUCACAUAACCCUUACAAUUUUUUUAUGAAUACAACUAAUUACAAGUUGCUUAAUUCUCAGUCAUUCUGGUUAUUAACGCUCGAGUUUGUCUUACAUAUUUUUGGGUUUAAUGUUUUUUUGUCUUUCAUUGCUAGGUCAUCUGAUUCAUGUAUUCUCAAUUGAUUUUAAUGUAUAAAAUUGCUUAAAUUUAAGAUAUCGACGUCUUUAGAACCUUUUUAUAGCAUUUUAUUUAUUUUUUAUGUGAAAGGAAAGGAAUAAUGAAUCUAUAUUGUACUUUCUAAUGAAUAGAUUCUUAGUUAAGAAAUUCUUAUUGUUAUAAUAAAAAUGUUUCAAAAAUCAAAAUUACAACUUUUUCGUGUUGUGAUGUUUUAGUUGAUUUCAGUGGUUUUGAUGUCUUGUGCAAUAUGUUCAUUUAAUUUUUGUAUAAACUAGUCUGUUUGUGCCAAGAGAGAGUAGUCCCCAUUGCAAUAUCAGAUGUUGAAAUGCCACUGUUAAUUUUCACUGUAAAUUUAGAUUGAUUAAAAGAAUGAUUGUAUUGUACAGCUGAUGUCUAUUAAUGAGUAAAAGAUAGAUUGUAUCAUUAACUAAUAUUGAGAGUGAAAGCGUAACAUAUCAUUGUUUUUCUCCAUGUAUUUCAGUUUAAUAUUCAUCUAUGUAUUAUGUUAGAAUUUUAAGUGUAAAUAUUUUUUUACAUAAAAGCAACUGUGAUAAUAAUCUUAUAUCUGUAAUAACAAAACAGUGAAGUUGCAAUGUGGCAUUUAGCAUGAAUCAUGAUUUUACAAUAAAAUUGUCCUAAGCAAGUUACAAAGCAUACUGUCAAACAACAAAUACAAAUUACAAAUAAAAUUUUGUAUUUUUAGCUUUAAUUAAUAUAAUUUUAGCUUGCUUAUGGUCUUUGUUACAUAGGAUGAGAAAUUAAUAUUUUAAAAGAAUUUACAAUUUAACUAUUCCAGAAAAAAUAGGGGAUUGGAUUGGAAAAGACUUAUCCUGGCACUUAUUUAGAGGGCCAUAACAGUUAUUCUUACAAACCUACUUCACAGCACCAAUAUGUAGCCCACAACCCAUGGGCACUAAGAAGUAAUUGUUCAUUUUUGUGUUUCCAAUUUUCCUGGUUCUCAA